AUGUCUUUCACCUUACUGCGCCUUCUGGGCCUUGCCGGCGCUGCCCAGGCGGCAUGCUCCAACCUUGUUAUCGAUAACUUCUCACGAUCUACCGUUUCCGGUAGCAACAAUCUCGAUGCGUGGACCAGCGAAGACACUUCCAUGUCAAAGGCCGCCAUCAACAAGGGCAUUCUUUCGUUUACACCAAAGACAGACAGUUCCUCUUACUACUACGAGACUCUCGGCUGUGUUAAGGCGGCCACCCAAGGCUACAAUGCCCUCUCUCUGACGGUCAAGGGACCUAAAGAUGCCUCCAUGAUGCUGGAGAUACAAACCAAGGCAUCUUGUGCAGAUGAUAACUACAACAGCCAGUGGGUCCAGAUCAACGGGUUGACUGGCUCGACCCAAAACAUCUCUAUCGCGCUAUCCUCCUUCACAAACGCCAACUUGGACGCAGUCUCAGCGUUCUUCUGUGUCGACUUCUCGCUCUGUUGCGGUUUCAUCUUCAACAAGCGUGGCGACACCCACUUCUCGCGCUUCCUCUGGCUCAACCUCAUCCUUCGCUACCUCGGUACGAUCGCCAAGCUCCACGGCCGUCUCAGUUGUCCCAACGGGCCCGUCAUCUCGUACGUCUGCUUCCUCAUCCCGCCAGAUCAAAUCUCCUUCAAGCUCUCGUACAUCGAACGCUUCUUCGUCAACCGCGCGCGCAACUACUUCGAGAUCGUUGUCUCUAACUUCCGUCUCAGCCUCUACUGUCCCCACCGCGUCUGGCCCAGUAGUGACGAUAGCACGAUGAAAGAGAUCAAUGUCUCCGGAAAUAGGGUCACGCUGAAGCCCAACGGCGGGGAUUCAUACUUCUACAGCAAGGUUGCCUGCACCAACACACAGGUGAAGGGAUACGGCGGUAUUUCCUUGCGCAUCAAGGCCAAGGCCGGUACGACCUUAUCCAUUCAGCUGGCGUCGUCACCAACGUGCGGGGAGGACUCUGCCUUCGCUACCAAGACAUCAAAGGAACUCGGGUGGACAUUCAACGGCCAAGAGAAGCUCUACAGCAUCCCCUUUUCCAAGUUCUCGGGUGCCGACCUAUCCAAGAUGACGACGAUUCUUUUUGGUUCGUUGUCCUCGGAUGUGACUUUCGGCCCGAUGGCUUUCUACUGCGGCAACACACCAUCCGAGUAUAUUAUCGCGACUCAACCAACCGACACUGCUGCUGUCUCAACCGUCGCUGCCCCGAGCAGUACUGGCUCGGCCAAGGUUGUUGAUAACUUCUCAAAGAAGGACUCCAACUCUCUUGGCUACUGGCAUGGGGGUGACGUCGAUACUGCUCUCACUUGGGGCACGAACAGGGUCACCAUCAAGGCGCCAGAUGCCGACUUCUCCUUCUACACGCAGCUCUCCGAUAAGUGUGCCGACAUGACCAGCUAUGACGGUUCUUAUCUCCAUGUGGCCUACUCUGGAAGUAACAAGUUCUCGAUUGCUAUGCAACAGCACAACCAAGCUUGCGACGAGACUGCCUCGCCCUUCCCUGAGACAUGGGAUUCUCUUGAGGCUGCACGUUACGCAACUGGCAACGACAUUUACAUUCCCAUCUCUCAUUUCAACAUCCAGCGGAAGCGUGCUAUAGGUAUCGCAUUCAAGGGUUUCUACACCAACGAGGCUGUCACCUUGACAAAGGUUGAGAUCGUUCCGUCCGUCCCAGCCAAGGUUUUGAUCCCAGAGAAGCUGCCGUCUGGGAAUCUCAUCUUUGCCUGCAAGCGUCCUAACUCGAUCGCCUUUGCUAUUGAUGAUGGCGACCCGAAGUUCGCCCAGGAGGUCAUGGAAGUUAUCAAGUCGGAGAACAUCAAAGUAACCUUCUUCACUGUCGGUGCACCUCUGCGGGACUCUAGCACCAAUCUGAGUGCCAUAUACAAGGACAUGAUGAGCCAGGGCCACCAGAUCGCCCUUCACAGCUACACACACCCUCGUAUGGAAGGUCUGCCUAAUAAUGACGCGAUAUCUUGGGAGUACGACCAGGACAUCAAGGCUGUUCAGGACAUGUUUGGCAUCACCACGAAGUAUUUCCGACCUCCCUUCGGUAACGAAGGUGCUCGCAUGCGUCAGCAACUUGUUAGAUCCACGAAGGAUGACAGCCCUUACAUCGUCAACUGGAACAUUGACGUCGAGGAUUGGCUCUACGCUCAGUCGGACACUCCCGAGAAGCAACUGGACUCUUUCCAGCGCGACCUGGACAAGGGCGGCUCCCUGGUUGUCAUGCACUACCUGUACCCCAGCACCGUCUCCUACUUGAGGACAUUCAUUCAGAAGGCGAAGGCAACUGGGAAACAACUGAUGAGAGUCGACCAGUGCAUGAUGGAUCCUAAUGCCCCGCCUUUGUAA